GCUAUUCCUCCUGCAUCUUAUCCAACUCUCUUAUCUGACUUCUUCGAGCCUGAUUACCUUUCCAAAAUCGGUUUCAUAAUGAAAAAAUACUUUUUACUCUAUGAUUCAUUAAAUGAUAUUUAUAAUAUUUUAUAUUAUUUGAGCCGUGUUGGAAGGUUUAAUCUAGUUCUAAUGCUUUUAGAAAAAGAUGAUAAAAAAGUAUUAGAAGAUUUAUUAUACACGUUAUUUAAAUCAUUUGAUGAAUCACAAAUUGAUAACAUCGGUAUCAAUCAACAAAAAUUGACAAAAGCAACACGACAAAACGUGAUAGAAUUGGCUAAAACUUAUGGC